UGCUUUUGAAAAUUUCACAUCAAAACUGAUUAGCACCAGUCAGCCAGUCAGCCGCAGCAAAAAACUCGACCAGAGGGCCAGCCAAGCUCUAUCGUGUGUGGCGUGUGUUCGUUUCUAGAAAAAGGUAUCACGACGGUUUUGAAUCAUACGUCCCCGUAUUCCGCGAAUCUUUGGUGCCCGUUCGGUUUUCGUUGCGGAUGCUGGAGGAUCUGGGUGCGACCAGCAAGCUGUUAUAUCAAAGGUGUUGUCUUCCGGUGGAAAAUUUUGACUCGCGAAACCCCCGACUUGGUGUAGAAGCACGCAAGGGAAAAAAUUAUCGAUCGAUUUCACCUCUGCUGUUAGGUCUUGCGAGAUAUGGCUCGCUAGCUGAUGGGGCAUCGCCUUCUUCGAUGCAAAUUCUGUUCGAGCAGGGGCCUGAAAUUCCUGCAAAAAUAGUGCAUUAGAAUUCCGGAAGGAAUAACGAUUUUUAAGGAUAAAGUUGGUUCUAUUGGUAGGUGAAGAGCGAAAAUUAUUUUAAAAGCGCUUGAAUGGGCGGUUCUGAUUUCUCAAGUGCUUCUGCAGUUGUGUAAAGGAAAAGGCAAAAGAAAACUGCAUAGUGGUGGUUAUUUCAUUUAUGUAGAAAGUGAAGCUACAGUAGGGAUUUUUUUUAAAUAUUCUGCCGAAUGUUAGUCAUCUACGAAAUUGUGUAGAUAAAAAUACACAUUGCACCUCAACAGACCAAGGAAUUCGUCACUUGUCACCCUGACAUUAAAUUCGGUGUGUUGCGGCCGAAGCAAGUAUUCUGUCCGGUGAAUUGUUGCAUCUAGAGGUAACCGAUGUUGAUAGACUUACAAUGAAUGGUUGACUAUAACGAUUGAGACUGUGAAACUUGAGCUCAUGGAUUAUGUAACGCAGUCAAAAAUAAUCACAGUACAAAAGCAAACUCGCAAUCCAUCCUGAAGGAAUCAUGUUAGCCAGCAGCAGCAGCAGCAGCCAUCAUCGUAGUCCUUCGGAAGAGACUGCGCAUCAAACGUGACUCCCAAUCCUGGUCAAGUGUGUUCCCAUGGUAAACAUGGGCUAUUACUAGUGGUGCGGGUUGUGAUACUCGAUUUGGACCAUCCGGUGGACAGAUUAGAUAGUGAAUCAUUGUACCAAUUGAAGUGUUCAAAUAGCCCCAGUGUUUAGAGUAGUGCACUAAGCUGAGAGCUGUCGAGUCGAGUGCAAGAUCUUUAGGGUAUCAUUGAUUGGGAAAAUUUCCCAAUUGGUCCAGUAUUCGAGCAGCAGAUAAGAACGGGGCAGUCAUGCUGAAUUCCAUUUCGAAGCAUUUGCUUCACUGUGCCCUGCUCAUAACGUUGCUGAUUCUGUUCGAAGUUUUCUCCGGUGGUAUCAAAGUCAACGAGGAUAGUUUCGUAUCGAUCGAUCCAUGGGAGGAAUACGGCACGAUACCAACGAUCCUGCUGUACACACUGCGACUGCUGACGUUCCUCACACUGCCUCAGGUGUUGUUCAACUUCUGCGGGCUGGUUUUCUACAAUGCCUUCCCGGAAAAGGUAGUCCUCAAGGGAUCGCCACUGCUGGCGCCCUUCAUCUGCAUCCGAGUGGUGACACGCGGUGAUUAUGCGGAUCUAGUCAAAUCGAACGUUCUGCGGAACAUGAAUACCUGCCUCGAUACGGGGUUGGAAAAUUUCCUCGUCGAAGUCGUGACCGAUAAGCCGGUAAAUCUGCCGAAGCAUCGACGCACCCGGGAGAUUGUGGUACCGAAAGAUUACAAAACGAAAACCGGGGCCCUGUUCAAAUCGCGUGCCCUCCAGUACUGUCUCGAAGACACCGUCAACGUACUUAACAACAACGAUUGGGUGGUCCAUCUGGACGAAGAAACGCUACUUACGGAAAACAGCGUCCGGGGCAUCAUUAACUUUGUGCUCGAUGGGAAGCAUCCCUUCGGCCAGGGACUGAUCACAUACGCAAACGAGAAUGUCGUCAACUGGUUGACCACGCUGGCCGACAGCUUCCGGGUGUCGGAUGAUAUGGGCAAGCUGCGGUUGCAGUUCAAAAUGUUCCACAAGCCGUUCUUCAGCUGGAAGGGCAGCUACGUAGUAACUCAGGUACAUGCCGAGAAGGCGGUCUCGUUCGACAACGGCAUCGACGGUUCGGUGGCCGAGGACUGUUUCUUCGCGAUGCGCGCCUUCGCCAAGGGCUACUCGUUCAACUUCAUCGAGGGCGAGAUGUACGAGAAGUCUCCGUUCACGCUGCUGGACUUCCUGCAGCAACGGAAACGCUGGCUCCAGGGCAUCCUGCUGGUCGUCCACUCGAAGACGAUACCGUGGCGGAACAAGCUGCUGCUCGGUAUUAGCGUGUACUCGUGGGUCACAAUGCCCUUGUCGACCUCGAAUAUGAUCUUCGCCGGACUGUACCCGAUUCCCUGUCCGAAUAUGGUGGACUUCCUGUGCGCGUUCAUUGCCGGCUUCAACAUCUACAUGUACGUGUUCGGGGUGAUCAAAUCCUUCUCGCUGUACCGAUUUGGGGUGGUCAAAUUUUUGGCCUGCGUCCUGGGGGCACUGUGUACUAUCCCGAUCAACGUGGUCAUCGAGAAUGUGGCCGUGAUCUGGGGCUUAGUUGGUAAGAAGCACAAAUUCUACGUGGUGCAGAAAGAUGUUCGAGCGCUCGUGACGGUUUAAAUUUCCUUGAGGUGAGCGGUGGGCCUGCAGUUGGAUUGCACGUUUUUCCCUCUCGAAUUUCGAGUAGCUUUAAUGUGAACAUCUACUCUUUGACCACAGCAGAUGAGAGGGCAAGCGUGUCAGAUCUGUCCGGUCCCGUAGAUGUAUUAUUACCAGAUUAGGUUUUCAUGAAUUUUCUGUAUUUUACCGAAAAUUUACCCAGUCAACUGUUAUUAUCGUAGAAGAUAUGUCUGUUCGAUAUGAUUUCGUUUUCUGAACUUUCAGAAAACCAUGGCAGUGUAUUUCGGGGAGAGUUAGGUUAUAGCGCAGAUAGUUUUGUUUUGCGAACGUCUUUACUAGAAUCGACAAAUAUAUUAAUAUAAAUGAAGUUCUGAAUGAGUCCUCGAUUUGAUGUUUUGUUUUUUUCAUCUUUAGUUUCCUUUUGUUUUCGGUUGUCAGUUUGUAUGCACGGGGUGUGAUUUGCGCGGUUUUUUGUUGUUAUUUAUUUUUCUAUGUACAUUUUGCUAAGAUAGGCUUUCAGCGUGUACUGUUAUCAGAUUUGAGAACUAUGUUCUCCAACGUGUAUAAUUAUAGUUUGUUGCAAUUUGCAAUUGGCUCUUUCUUAAUCGGAUACUAUUCGAUACUAAUGGUUACGAAAUAAUUCGUGCGACAUUGAUGGAUGCGAACACAACAGGCAACAACUACUCAAUCAUGCUGAUAAAUUUUGGAGCAUUGAGAAUCUGUAGUUUACCAUAGUUUUAACUUUCGAAGAUUUGCUUCUCAAAUUUUAUAAACACUUGUUCAACUACAGUCUUAUUAUACUUUUUCAUGGCUUCAAAUUAGUGUUUUUUGCUUUGUUAAAAACAAAAAAAUCAACAAAUUGAGCAGCUUAUAAUUUCGCAUGAUUUGGUAAUGAUUUGCUUUUGUCGUUCCCAUAAAUUCGUUGUCUAGUGUUAUGAUUCGAAGAACUCUCAAAAACUAUGUUUUUGCCAUAUGCCUUAACAGCUAUCGAUUUCGAAAAAAUACAAUCAUCAAAGAUUCAUUAGAGCGUAGAACAAGAAUGAAGCGCGACGACACGUUUGUAUAGCGCAUUCACUAACGCUUAACAACAGCGAUUCUCAACUAUAGGUUUCCGUCUUUCAUUGUAAAUCAGUGAGUCAGCUGAUGCAAUCGAAUUCAAAAUACUACUUAUUCUUUGAACUUAAAAAUGAACCAGCCUUUGGAUACCACACAGAUUUAUCAGACAGAUUUGAAUAAAACAUCGCCACAGAAAGCUGAACUUUGAAACGCGUAUGAAUCGAUAUUAAAAAUAAUAAUGAUUAAAAAUAUAAAACUACAAGCAACCAUAACUUAAAACAAAACACCCACGUCCACACACGUUGUUCACUAAAAUCUACUUUAUUUUUAGUCGAUAUGAAGUAAAAUAUUCGAAUCUAAGAAGAAAAACCUAUUAAUUAGAGAAAAAGAAAAUAUUUGAAACAAAAACCAAACAAAAUCUUUAAAAAAGUAAAAACAACCGCAUUAUGAACGCGCUAUAGUAGCAUAUUGGAUUGGAUUGGAGUCGUUAAUCGUGUUAAAUCGAGUUAUGGAACGAACGAAGGAAAACAAAAGAAAAAAACUCCCCCAAAAUAACCAAACUAUAUAGGAGAAUGGAUUUUGAAACUUACUAGUAAUUUUACAGACACGGACAAAUGCUGAGAAAAUGUUAUUCCACAAAGUUUAGUAUCGAUACAUAUAAGCUUAAGCCAUUGUUUCUAUACAUUUUGCGAUAGAAACGCGAUUCAUGAAACAUUUGAUAUGAACGAAGAAAAAAACACAUUGUGUAGAAGUAUGGAAUAAAGUAUAAUUAAAUUAAACCUAGAAGAAAAAAAUGAUACAGAAAGCAUACACACACUUAUGAAAAAAAAAACAAUUCAAC